GGAUCUAACAAUAAAGGGCAACUCCAUAGGAUGGAUUCUUGGGGAUGUGUUCGACAAGUUGGGUGCACGUGCACGUGGAAUGGGACAUACCUUCUCAGGGAUGACGAUGAAAACACCUCUACUCAUUGUCAACUAGAUCGAGAGUCCCAAGUCGAGGAGAAUGGGUUUGCUGUCGAGCCUGUCGAAUUUACCUUAUCCCACGAUGGCAAAUUACCUUCACUGAGAUCCUUUGCCUGUGGUAGCGAACAUGUGAUGGCAUUGAUCUCUCCACCUGGCUCGUCGGACACGGAAGUUUGGGGUUGGGGGCGGAAAGAGCACGGUAACUUGGGGCUGGAUCAUACGGAUGAUGUGCCGAAGCCCGUCAAGGUCUGG